CUUGUUUAAGAUCUCAGAAUUGAGAAAAACUCCCACACCUUGAGCUCCUUCACAUACUGGUUCUCUCUCCUCUUUGUCUCUCUUUCUCUGUGUGAUAAAAUGAGCAACAUAAGCAUGGUAGAGGCAAAUUUGCCACCAGGAUUUAGGUUCCAUCCAAGAGAUGAAGAACUCGUAUGUGAGUACUUGAUGAAGAAGGUGACAAACUGUGACCCCUCUCUUAUGAUUGAAGUUGACCUCAACAGGUGUGAACCUUGGGAUAUUCCUGAAACGGCUUGUGUGGGAGGAAAAGACUGGUACUUCUACACUCAGCGUGAUAGAAAAUAUGCAACUGGGUUGAGAACAAACAGAGCUACUGCCUCAGGCUACUGGAAAGCCACAGGGAAGGACAGGUCAGUCUUUCGCAAGGGUUCCCUUGUUGGGAUGAGAAAAACUUUGGUGUUCUAUCAAGGAAGAGCACCCAAAGGAAGAAAAACUGAGUGGGUCAUGCAUGAAUUCAGGCUUGAAGGACCACUUGGUCCUCCUAAGAUUUCGUCUCCCAAGGAGGAUUGGGUGUUGUGUAGGGUGUUCUACAAAAAUAGAGAAGUUGCUGCCAAACCUAGCAUGGGAAAUUGCUAUGAUGACACGGGCUCUUCAACUCUCCCAGCAUUAAUGGACUCUUACAUCAAUUUUGACCAACCUAAAACCCAUGCAGAUGAGUUUGAGCAAGUGCCCUGCUUCUCCAUUUUCAACCAAAACCAACCCAGCCCAUAUUUCACACAGAUGACCAACAUGGAACCAAACCUACCCACCACCAAGAUUAACACUGAAACCACUUUUAAGGGAAUACCAAACAAUAUUGGUACUUAUUUAGACCCUUUCUCUUGUGACAACAAGGUACUAAAGGCUGUUCUGAGUCAACUCAGCAGCACGGAUAACAAUCCUAAAAUGAAAGGGUCACCAAGCUUAGGAGAAGGAAGUUCUGAGAGCUACUUAUCUGAAGUGGGCAUGCCCAACAUUUGGAGCCAUUACUGAUUUUUGGCUUCCAGCAUUGUUGUAAAGAGAUUGUAGCGAGUAUUAAUAUAUAUUUAAGUUUUCCAUUGUUAGCAUUAUGCAACUAUAGGGAUAGUAUUUUUCUCUUAACCGGUUUGGAACCAGUUUGGAGUAAGGUUUCUCCAACCCACUAUAUAUGCCAACUCAAAUGAGCACCUAUGUGUACUUUUGUAGUCACAUGAUUUAUUAAAUGAUUAUGUGAUUUGUUUAAA